CACCCUCCUCCAGACCAGCCAGCCUCUACCAUGUGUCACACCAGCUGCUCUUCAGGGUGCCAGCCAUCUUGCUGUGUGUCCAGCCCCUGCCAGCCAUCCUGCUGUGUGUCCAGCCCCUGCCAGCCAUCCUGCUUCGUGUCCAGCUCCUGCCAGUCAGCAUGCUGCAGGCCUGCUAUAUGCAUUCCUAUUAGAUACCAGAUAGCCUGCUGUGUGCCUGUGAGCUGCAGGCCCACUGUGUGCAUGGCCCCCUCCUGCCAGUCUUCUGUGUGUGUGCCUGUGAGCUGCCGGCCUGUCUGUGUGACCUCCUCCUGCCAGUCAUCUGGAGGCUGCCAGCCCUCCUGCUCUACCUUGGUCUGCAGGCCUGUCACCUGUAGCAACCCCUCUUGCUGCUGA